ACCGAAUCACCUAUUGCAGACUUUCAGUGCUUGAAGCUAUCUCAUCUGGAAAAAGAAUGAAGCAUUUAAUUUGUUUGUCUAGAAACUUAAAAGAAAUUAAAGGAAAAUGUCGUCGGAGCAAGAGCGGAGGCAGCUCGAUGAAAAAGGGCCAGGCAAGGAGAGACUGUCGUCCCUGGCGGCACCGGCGGCAAGAGCCUGGAAGCCCAAGAACACCUUGCUGAAGGAAGAAGAAGAGGAGGGCAGGCGAGAAAGGAGCAGUUGGGUAGCGAAGGAUACCAUGAGAUGGGCAAAAAGGGUGGGCUGAGCACAGGUGAUGAGUCUGGUGGGGCGCGUGCUAGCGAGGGAGGGAAUUCAGGUUGCUUAGUCCAAGUUCAGGACCAGGAGCUAGAUAGCUAGCUCCAGUCCUUGAAAUGUGACACACACAUGCUUGGGCAUGUUUGAUGAAGUUUGCUUGUUUUCUUAGUCUUUCUAAUGUAAGGAUGUAGCCGAAUUGGGGUUGUACUUCGUUACUGCAUGCCCCUCCAACACAUGUAAUGGUGUGUAGUUUCUACUAAAUAAACUAUUUUUAGUUAA